CGGUAGGUGGUAGCACUGAGCAACGAGCAGAGGAAGCGCAGGAGCGCCCGCAGAAGAAAGCAGACAUAAACAAGGCCCAGCGGGACGGCAUGGCGGAUCCGGAGUUCUUCCGUGGGGCUCAAUUACUAAAACAGGGAGCAGAGGCCAGGCUGUACCGCGCACGCUUCUUGGGAAAGCCAACGAUAGUGAAGGAAAGAUUCCCCAAAUGCUACAGACACCCGGUGCUGGACGAGAAGCUGACCCAUCGCAGGACAGUUCAGGAGGUCCGCUCCAUACUGCGCUGCCGGAGAGCAGGCAUAUCUGCCCCUGUUGUCUACUUCGUGGACUACAAAUCCCAUUGUAUUUUCUUGGAGGAAAUUGUGGGCUCCUCUACUGUGCGUGACUACAUUUCAUCUACUCAGUCUAAGUCUUGUAAGGAGAGGGAGCUGGAGCAUCUGGCUGAGCACAUUGGUCAGAUCCUUGCCAAAAUGCAUGACGAGGAUGUCAUCCACGGAGACCUGACCACCUCCAACAUGCUGCUGAGAUGCGUCCUGAAUGUUGGAGAGUCAGAGCUUAUCCUCAUCGACUUUGGCCUGAGUUACAUCUCUGCUCUGCCUGAGGACAAGGGGGUAGACUUGUAUGUGUUAGAAAAAGCUUUUCUCAGUACCCACCCCAACACAGAGGAACUGUUUGAGAAGCUGCUGAAGAGCUAUGCCGCAUCAUCAAAGAGGUCGUCAGCAGUCAUUAAAAAGCUUGAUGAGGUUCGGUUGAGAGGGAGGAAGAGGUCCAUGGUGGGAUGAGGAUCUAUGGUGUGCAAAGGGACAAGCCUUUCUCGCAACAUUUCAGUGUGUGCAAAAUAAAAUGAUUUGUUGUAAAGUAAA